UGAAGCUCGGAAUGAUAUACAAGGAGUAUCUGGAAUUCGUAGAUAUUAUUCAUUUAGAUCAAUAUAAAUAAAGAUCGUAGCGAACCGUUCAUUUCAACGCCUCUUUUCCAUCAACAAACACCAUAGGACUCACCCAAGACGCUUAAUAUUUGCUCGCUGUCGCGUUAUAUCCUUCACCCCUCAAUACAAGCGCUCAUUGUACAUAGCAUGGCUUUCCAUCCCGAUACUCUCCCCGAUCUCAAUGGGAAAGUAUUCAUAGUCACUGGUGGGAAUUCCGGCAUAGGCUAUCAUACCGUAGCCCAUCUAGCAGAACACGGUGCCCACGUCUACAUGUGUGCGCGGUCUCCAGAGAAGGGCACAGUAGCUAUCGCCAGCAUCAAGAAAAUACACCCCGCCGCCAACAUCAACCUUCUCCAAAUGGACCUCGCAGACCUCGCUAGCGUCGUUGCAGCCGCCAAGUGCUUCCUCGCUCUCGAACCAGCGCUGCACGGGCUGGUCAACAACGCAGGCAUCAUGGCGACGCCCUUCGAGAUGACCAAAGACGGUCACGAGGCACAGUGGCAGACCAACUACCUCGGGCACUGGGUGUUUACGAAGCACCUGCUUCCCCUGAUGUUGCAGACCGCCAAGACACUCACACCGGGCAGCGUGCGCAUCGUGAACCUC